UAUAUGCAUGUAAUUCUUUCUCGUACUCCUACCUUGUUUCUUUCACGUUCAACGUCGAGACGUCCACAGAGUAAAUCAUGAAAGAACUCCUUGGCAUACUUCGUGUUUUCGAAGACGGCCGAUACGAGAGAAUUGAAGUUCACACUAUUGUUCCCGCCGGCAUCGAUCCUUCCACCGGCGUGAAUUCUAAAGACGCCGUGUAUUCACGGGAAACCAACAAAUCCGCUAGACUUUACCUUCCAAAAACCGCAACCCCAAACCAUAAACUCCCGCUUUUAAUCUUCUAUCACGGCGGAGGAUUCGUUGAUGAAUCUCCUUUCGACACGACUUACAAUGACUUCCUGAACCUCGUCGUCGCAGAUUCCAACGUCAUCGCGGUCUCCGUCGACUACAGACUCGCGCCAGAGUUUCCUGUCCCGAUCGCCCACGAAGACUCCUGGGAAGCGAUCAAGUGGGUGGCGCAGCAUGCUAAUGGGAAGGGCCCGGAGCCAUGGUUGAACGAAUACGCAGAUCUUCAAAACAUCUUCCUCGCCGGCGACAGUGCUGGAGGUAACCUAACCCACAACAUGGCGGUUCGUGUCGGGUUGGAUACCCCUGCCGGUUUACGGUUCCGGGGUGCUAUCUUGCUCCACCCGUAUUUCUGGGGCACAGAACGGGUAGGUACCGAAGCCGACUGGAUGUCACCCGGAUUAAUUGACAGUGUGAAUGAAUUAUUGGCUCUGGCUUACCCAGGAAGAUCCGGGAUGGAUGACCCGCUGAUCAACCCAGCUAUGGAUCCAAGAAUAGCGGGUAUUCUUUGCUCCAAGAUACUGCUUUGCGUCAGUGGAAAUGAUUUUAUGAGGGAUAGAACUAGAAACUAUAAAACGCUGAUUGAAAAUUGUGGGUGGAAAGGAAAUGUAGAAGUGGUGGAGGACAACGAGGAGAGCCAUGUUUUUUUCUUGAAGAAGCCUACCUCUAAAAAUGCUGUUACUUUGCGCAAUAGAAUCUCUGCAUUUAUCAACAGCGCUUGAAGAAGUAUAUAUGUCAGGGUGAUCUUAAAAAUAAAAUAAAAUAAAAUAAAGAAACUGAUCACACAUGCAAAUACACACGUAUGUAUGAUUGUAUGCUGUAUGAUGCAGUUCUUAGCAAUACCCUCUCUUUAACUAUAAACAGUACACGUUCCUUAAUUUAUUAAAUAAACUAGUAUUUUCUUAUUCAUAUCUAUCAAAUAAAAAAAUUGUGUUUUAUUA